AGGGAGGUUUAGUGGCUGGGGCCUGUGAAGGGCACGGGAAGUGACUGAGUGAAGGUGAGAGUUGGUCGUGAGGUGUAUGUGAAGCUGUUUCCUGGCCCCGGUGAGAGUGUAGCCUGACACCGCAUUUGGGGAGUCUUUCCAGGAGUGAGGUUUGAGUGAGGAGAAAGGAUGGCAGGUCAUGAUGCUGGUAGCCAGCACCAGUUCACUGGUUUCCAGAAGUAUUUCAAUUCUUACACCAUCACUGGGAGGAGGAAUUAUGUCUUAGCAACAUACACUGGGAUCGCAGCGAUUUGUUUAUUCUUCAAAUUAAGAUCAAAAAAGAAGACACCACCAGCGAUCAUGGAACAAAAAUGAUGUGAUUCUCCGUAAGACAGUGCUAGUGGAGUUUAAGGACCAUUGUGUGGGAUCUGGGAGAAUGCUUGAAACGCCCAUAAAUCAUGUCAGUGAUGUUAUAAGUUAUCAGCCUUCACAAAUAAAACUUGUGGGACUCCACAGUUGCAGUGUUUA